AUGGCGAUUGAUAUUCUGACGCCGUCGAAGAGUUCAACAAAUUCAGGAAGCAACUCAAUCAUUGAAGAUGGAUCGAGUCCUUAUCAUUUGGACAGUCUAGGUCUUAUCCUGAACAAGUUAGGUUUUAUCCAUGGAUCUAUUCCGAAACCAGAAGGUAAUGACAGUCUCGUUAACUCCUGGAUUCGCAAUAAUAAUAUAGUUAUAUCCUGGAUCCUUAAUUCUGUGUCUAAGAAAAUAUCAGCGAGUGAGAGAUUUCAACAGAAGAAUGGGCUACGCAUCUUUCAGUUGAGGCAUGAAUUGAUGAAUCAUAAUCAAGAUCAACUAGGAGCUUAUCUCACUAAAUUGAAGACAAUUUGGGAGGAAUUAAGUAGUUACAGACCAACUUGCUCAUGUGGAAAGUGUACAUGUGGAGGUACUAAGGCUUUGGUAGAACAUUAUCAAACUGAGUAUGUGAUGUCAUUUUUGAUGGAGCUUCAUGAUUCAUUUGCUCAAGCACGCAGUCAGAUACUGUUUAUGGAUCCAAUACCACCCAUCAAUAAAGUAUUUGCUCUUGUCUCUGAAGAAGAGCAUCAAAGGACCAUGAAUAAUGUGACACGAACAUCUGCUGGAAAUAACCAAAUGGCUUUUUUCAUAAAAAAUGAGAGUAAUCGAUCUAAUGAUAGCCAGAGAUUUGGCAAAUCUCAGAAAAAGGAUUGUCCAAUAUACACAUAUUGUGGGCUUACUAGUCACACUAUAGACAAAUGCUAUAAACUUCAUGGUUAUCCACCUGGAUACAAAACAAGAUAG